UAUAAUACAGUUUUAAAUAAAUAAUAUUAAAUUAUUUAAAUGCGAAUAUGCCAAAUAGCGAAGAUUUACUUGAACAGUUGCUACUGCGCUAUGAAGGCAUUACAUCUAGUCAUACAAGGAAGAGUGAACUUUGUUUAAGUGGUAUUGUUCAAAUUAAGGAAACAUGGUUUACUAUUAAAUUGAUCUGUCCGAAAUUUCCAAAACUUGAGGAAAUGCAUUUAUCAGUGCAGCAAUCAAUUAAAGUGGAAACUUUCACUGAAACCUACACAGAAAUAGAAGCAAAUUGGAACGUUUUUGACUUAAUAGAAAAUUUGCCUAAAUUAAUGAAUAAAAAUGGCAUACAAAAACAAAAAUUAAUAACAGAUGCACAGCAGCUGGAAUUGCAGCAAAAUAUAUAUACAGAAAUUGCAAUUUUAUCCAAAUCUGACGAUUUUGAAAUUGAAUUAAAUGAGGCAUUCACACUGAUACGUUUUUCAAAAUUUAAUCAACAAGAACAACACUUUUUAGAGUUGUCCUUACCUAGCUUGCAGAUAACCAAGCAUAGCUUGCCCGAUUGUAUAAAUUGGGAAACAUUAUUUCAAAAUUUUUUCACACUUAAUAGUUUAUUGGAACAAUUUCGAAAAUAUUUGGAAGAAUUGCAUGAGUUUUAUGAUAAUUUCGUGGAUAUCGAUGAGUUGUGCCACGUACUUCAACCACGUUCACCAUCUACUAAGGAUAAUUGGCGAUUAUUUCUAAUACGUGAACACGUUUUUCUUAAAUUAGUAAUAACAGAUCCUUUUGCACCCAUAUCGUCUAUGUCUUUGAAAAUACUUGGACCCACAGAAGAUGUUGAACAAUUGCGACGUACUUACAGUGAGGGCCUCUGUAAUUGGGAUGCUGAAUUGGAUAUACAUAAAAAUUUAUUGCGUAUAUUUGAUUUAUGUUUUUUUCCGAUGCGACCGGGAAUUGAUGGUGAAUUAAUAGAUGGUGCUGUGGAAGAACAGCAAUUCUGUAAUAUAUGUUACUGUUAUCAUUUGGAUGAUGGUGACAUACCACUGAUCUCCUGCGACAAUCGGCAAUGCACUAUGAUAUAUCAUGCAGUUUGUCUACGUGAGUGGUUUAAUACACUAUCAGAUGGGAAAACGUUUCUAAAAGUUUCUUUUGGCAAUUGUCCAUUUUGUAAAGCGACCUUAUCAACAUCUUUCGUGGAGUUAAUAAAAAAUUAA